AUGGAAUCCAUACUGUCUAUUGAAGACGAAAAAAAUGAUGUAAAUAAGCGAGCUCAUGAAACAAAUAUUACCAAACUUCUCAAGUCAUAUGACUUGUUCAAAGUUAAGGUUAAGGUCAAAUUCAGGUUCGAAAAAGAUACUCUAGUGAAAAAAGGUAGUAAUAUCAAAGCAUAUUUGGGUCUAGGAAAGUUUUCUCGUUCAGGUAAACAUGGUAAACAAAAAGAUUCGGAAAAGGAAAGCAUGCAGAAAAUCAUUCAUUCAACUUCAAACCAACAACAGCCCACCAUUAAUCAUUUUCCAAAAAUUAAUAAG